AUGGACGGAUGGCGGGCGCUCGUGCUGCCGCUAAUUAUGGGUGCACACGAAGAGGCCGAGAUGCAAAGCCAAUUGGGCCCCGUGUGGCAGCAGGCAAUGCCAGAAUUACUGAUGGGGCAUACGGCGCGGACAGGCGGCCAGCGGGCGAGGGUGCGCGGCGCAUACAUGCUGUGCAGGCAGACAAGGUGUUUUCCCAUGUUCACGCCCUGGCCUGGCUCCAAGGCGGGCGAGGGAGGGGUCGAGAUGCUCGCGAGACGUCAUUGGCGUGCAGAGAGCGCGUCAAACAAACUGCUGUGGCCGAAAUUGCCAGAGAAAAAUUCGCGCUUCAAAGUGACCCUCUUCCUCCCACCUGCGCUUGCUCCGCCCGCACACACGACAGUCAAUUUUGUCUCCCGGCGCCCGGUCUGCCUUGACAACGUCGCAUACGACCCUCAGACGCCGCCUCAGCCCGCUCCCUCGCCGUCGCCCUCCAGCCAGUCUUGCCUGUGCCAUCCGGCCCUCUCGUGUGGUGCCUGGCGUCCCUGCCUACUACCCACCACCUACUUCGGCUGCCUCUCCCCACCCUCAUUCUCUGCUUCUACUUCUACCUCCGCCGCCCACGCUCCCGAGACGUCUGCCUCCCUCUCCAUCUGCCCCUCAUUCUUCACGUCCGCGCCCCGCCCCGGACUCGCACACACAGUCGUCUCACACUUUGCCAAAGGUGCUCUGGCCUCUGACCAGCCGCUGCUCGUGUGCUGCUUGUACCCUCUCUCCCUCCCCAGCCACUCGCGGUUCACACAGUCAUCCCUCCGACCUGCCGUGCGCUUGCACGCCUACCACCACACCACACAGCGCACUGCUGCCCAAGGCGCUGCCCACUAA